CUCGGCCACUGGGGCUGCACGGAGGCCACCGGGGUUCUGGCACAGGGUCUGGUCCACGGCCCGUCUGUCCCCUCCAUCCCAGCCCACGGGCAGCUCCCCUGGCCCCUCCUGGCCUUCCCUUACGGGAUGCUCUGGGCAGGAUUUGUCUGGUGCUUCCCUGCCCACGGGAUUGGUCUUUACUCACAAACCACUCUGCCCCAGUUGCAAGGGCUGAGGCAGAGCCAGGAGCCUCCUGCUCCCUUUCCUCAGCCCCAUCAUCUCUGCUGUGCUCAGGAUGGGGAGGGAGAAGGGGUCCCGGCAUAGUGGGACCACCCUGAAUCAAGCCCUGAUGCCAGCUGGGCACUGGGGCUGUCCCAACCAGCACCAGUUGGGUACUGGAUCUGUCCCAACACCAGUUCGGCACUCGGCACUGGGGCUAUAAUGACACCAGCCGGGCACUGGGACUAUCCCAGCCCCCGCAGUGCAGCCCUGGCCCCCCAUGUCUCCUUGCUGCAGGGCACGGGGAUGCUGAGUAUGGGGACCUCGAGGAUGAAGGUCCUGCCAGCACCAACAGUGCCAUCUGUCCUUCCAGGUCUCUACCUGUACCUGGAUGAGGACGGUGAGUAGAGCUGCCCUCCUGUCCUCCCCAUCCACCUCCAGGCUCGGUGUGCCUGGCGUUGUCUCUGCUGCGGCCUGCAAGAACCCCGGUCCCACCUUGGCUGAGCCCAUGAGUCCCCAGCAUGGGACCCCCAGGACCACAUACGGAGCUCCUGGUCCACGCUGGGCAGAGCUGAGCGAGUUCCCCAGGGGUGACCCCAAGCAGCCCCCCUCCCCCCCAAACCAUGCCAUGGGGGGAGAGCUGGGAGCAGGGCAGCAUCCCAUGGUCUGGACGGUGCUACACAGAGCUGCCAGAGGUUCUGGAGGGGCCGGCCCACUGCCAGGACACCUACCAGGACUGGAUCUCCCUCUACUGCUGGGUCCCCUUCCACGCCACCCUCAUGGCCAUCCCUGAGAGCAGCCGCUGUCGCUGGGAACAGAUCAGCAGCCCCUACAGUGAGCUCUCCGGCUGCACCCAGCUGCUGGCCCAGCUGCUCUCCUGCCCCUGGACUGGUGAUGUCCUCGACGCGUUCUUCCUGCAGGUCCACACCGAAUACUUCAGCAACUGCACGGGGACCGAGCUGCCUGUGCUGGGUGGGCUGUCCCCUGGGAUGGCCGUGGUGGCAGCCGUGGGGCUCGGCUGCCUUGUGCCUCUCGUGGCUGCCCUCACGCUCCGCGGAGCCCAGAAAGGGGCUCAAACCGCUGUGUGCUGCUGCCCCUGUGACCGCAGGGAGCUGCCAACAGCCCCCUUCCCUCCCAGCCCUGGGAAUUCGUGAGCAGGACGAGUGGGCUGAGGGUGAGGAGGACAGGGCAGAGGGGGACAGGGGCUCUGGGUGUCUCAUGGCAUGGAGGGAGGCUUGGCACAGGACUCUGGAUGGGAUGGGAAAGCAUCGGGAGAAGGGUCCCAGGCACGGGGGUUCUGAUCCUGCAUGGGCUGAGCCUCUUCAUUGGCACCUGAGAUGCCAUCCUGGGAGGGAGCUCCAAGCCUUGGCCGGCAGUAACCAUCCCAUCCCUGUCCAUCCCAUCCCUCUGCAUCCCCUCUGGACGCCCCAGGAGGGGAGAGGCCAUCCCAGCGCCGGGGCUGUGCUGAGAUCACUGGGUGUCUCCCUGGCAGAGGCUCCCACCGCCCAGCCAGAGGCUCCAGCUGCUCCAACAAAGACUGGGGGCUCCAGCCCUGUAGCCCCCAGAGAGCAGGGACCUGAUGGCUUCCAGAUGUGGCUGCUCGCCCACCAAAGGUCCCAUGGUGCCCCGGAGCGGUGGCUGCCGCAGCUCAGGGUGGGUCAGGCAGCUCUGCCAGGAUGUUUGCCGGGGAGCGUGAAGCCCGGCAAAAUUGCCUUUCGGCAGCAGGGAGGGUCCCUCCGAGCUGUGCUUCAUCACGCUCCGAUUCACGCUCUGCACGUCCCGUGGGUGGCUGUUAAAGGGAAAGCUUUGGGCUCGCCUUCUGCUCUGGGUCAGAGGUGAAAUGAGCUCGCUUGGCCUCAACCCUGUCCUCGAGUGGGAACAUCGCAAACCCACGGGGCUGAGAUCCUUCUUGGCAGUGCUGCUCUGCAGGGAGAUGUGGGUCCCAUCAGUGGGAGCUGUGCCAGGAGUGAGGGGCUCCGGGCAGGCGCCAGGCUGGGUGGUGCAGAAGGAAGGCGUCGCAGCUGAAGACCAGAGACGUUGGCCAAGUCUCUGCCCUU